ACUUUGCUUCUGAGAGUUUCUUCAAGGAUUGCUGCAGACCAGUUAUCAUGUUUUCAGCAGUAGGAUGGAACACGCAAUACAGGCGAAUUGAGGAAUGUAAUCCUAUCAUCCAAAAAGAAAAUUUAGAAGAUGUGGAAGAUGAAAAGAACCACAACCUGCCCUCAACCAGGUACCGCAGGAAGGCAAAAGAAAUCGGCACAACAGAAGAGAGUCUGGACUAUUUGCCGUCUCACAGUGAAGUGUAUAAAAAUUGGUUACAGUCGACACCUUGCAGGUCAGACUGGGAUCGUUGGCUGAUGAUGGGGCUCAUUGGAGUGGUUGUGGGCACAGUAGGUUUUUUCAUGCACCAGAGCAUUGAUUACGUAUUUGAACUGAAAUGGGAGUUUGUAGAGAAGUAUAUACAACAUGGGGAUUUUCUAACAACAUGGAUGAUAGUCCUUGGCAUUGGCCUUGCUAUGGUCUUGGUUGCAGCUUUACUGAUAGUGUAUUUCAGUCCCUCUGGUUCACCUAGUGGACUUCCUGAGGUCAUGGGGUAUCUAAAUGGGGCGUCACUGAGACAUAUAUUUAAACUCAGAACCUUUAUUGGAACUUUUUUUUCCUGUACCCUGGCUGUGUCAGCUGGACUGUUCUGUGGGCCAGAAGCUCCUAUGAUCCAUAUAGGAGCAGUGGUUGGAUGUGGCCUGAGCCAAUGUAAAUCUGAUACUCUACGAAUAAAUCUUCCCUUCUUUACAAGAUUUCGGAACUCUGCAGAUAAGAGACAGUUUAUUACAGCUGGUGCAGCAUCUGGGAUUGCUUCAGUAUUUCGCUCACCCGUCGGGGGGCUUCUGUUUGUCCUGGAGGAAGUAGCUUCCUUUUGGAACAUUAAUUUGGCAUGCCAAACCUUCUUCUGCUGUCUAGUCGCAUCUUUUACUACAGAAGUGCUCUCAUCCUCAUUCGGUGGCUUUAUUUACCAGGGUUAUUUUGGAUUUUUCAAAGCAGAGCAGAGAAUUCUUUUUUGGGUGAAAGAUCUCUUGGAUAUGAGUGUCUUGGCUUUUUUCCCCACUUUAAUCCUUGGAGUUAUUGGUGGUUUGUUAGGUGCUUUAUUUGUAUUUCUGAAUGUACGAAUCAAUAAAAUGCGCAUGAAGGUUUUGAAUGCAGUUCAGAACAAACACCUGAAGCCACUAAUCAAGAUUCUUGAUAUCCUCUUGCUAGCGGUGGCUACAAUAACUGUUACCGUUUUCAUCCCAUACUUUUUUCCAUGCAGCCCUUACUCCAUUGAUAGCAAGAUCAUUAGUAAUGCAUCUGAACACUCAUAUGGAGCUCAUAUACCAUGGGAUGUAUCUGAAUAUAACUGUCCACCGAGCUCUUCAUGGAUUGGGGCAGAUGGCAACAUAAACUCCAACCAUAGUAUUAACCAAGCUGCUGCACUGUUGGUGAAAAAUGGUAAACAGGGAAUCAACCUCCUAUACCAACGUGGAACCCAUGAAAAGUUUGGAUUUCCUGCUCUCUUUACGGCACUGGUGUUUUACUUUCUCAUAUCCUGCUGGACCGCUGGCACAGCUGCUGCGACUGGCCUUGUGGUGCCCAUGCUGUACACCGGGGCAUUGCUUGGCAGGAUUGUUGGUCUGACUCUGGUAGUCAUGUUUGGUAACCAAAAUGAUGAGUAUAAGAUAUGGAUUGACCCUGGGCUGUUUGCAGUUUUAGGAUCUGCUGCUUACUUCAGUGGAGUAACCAGGCUGACCAUUUCCCUCACAGUUAUUAUGGUGGAAAUAACAAAUGACGUUCAGUCUAUUCUGCUUAUAAUGGUGGUAGCAAUGGUCAGUAAAACAGUGGGAGAUUACUUUAACCAUUCACUCUUCAGCACAUUACUGCACCUGAAAUGUAUCCCCUACCUGAAAGCAGAACCAUGUGUCGUUGAAGGAAAAAAGAAUGUAAACCUAGAACUGUUCACUGCCAGAGAUGUCAUGAAACCAUGUGCCAUAAUCCAUCUGCAGGAAAACGUCUACUCAUUGGCUGAGCUGCUACUUGGUACCAGUCACAAUGGCUUCCCAGUGGUGUACAGCCCUGGAGCAGGGCAGGAGGAGGUAUUUGUGGGAACAAUCACAAAGUUGGAACUCUACAUGUUACUUUCCAACAGUAAAAUAUUUCAAACACCUGACAAUAAUAUAAGUUGCCCAGCUGUCCUCACAUAUCAAGAGGUAACAGUAGAGAAACUGCCAGAUGAGUCUCGGAUGAACACUCUGCUUAGCAAAUACUCUACAGACUCUCAGUAUCAGCAGCUCUUCAUCAAUCUGGAACCUUAUAUCAAUAUGUCUGCAGUGUCUGUGCCAGCCCAUUUUUCCCUGCAUCGGACCUACGUUGUGUUUCGAACUCUCGGACUUCGCCAUUUAAUUGUUGUUGAUCUUCAGAAUCGAGCAAUUGGAAUCAUAACAAGGAAGGAUCUUAUAUCUGUCAAACUGGAAGAAAAGCUGAUUAAUUCUGGAAAGCUUGAUUCAGAUGAAGAACUUCUACAUUAAAGGAAAAAAUAGAUUAGAUACAUUUAAUAAAUAAAGUGCGAAAAUAAGUAUUUAUACAGUUUUUAAAAAUGUUUGAUUUCCACUAGAUAGAUAUAAAGUAUUAGUUAAACUGUAUGAAUUUGUAUGCUAUUUUUUUCAAGAUAUUUUAUUCUACCACAAUAACCUUUUUUCCCUUGAUCAUGCUGAUACUACAUAGAAAGUAUCUGUUCUAUCUACUGGUUAAAUCAUGUUACACUGUGUGCAGAAAUAAUGAUAACAUGUCUAAAAGAAUAAAAUAAAUAUAUCAAUGCA